UCCCGUCUUUCUCUUUCUCUGUCUCUCUCUGGGCCAUGAUCCUGGGACUCUCUGUGGCUGACGAACAGUGUUAGACACCUUCCCACCUUUCCUGUCUCAGGCCUCAAGGCUGGCUGAGCAGCUGGCUGCCUGCGUGGCGUCCCACUUCCAUGUCUCAGCUGAAGAAUGUGGAAGCCAGGAUCCUCCAGUGUCUCCAGAACAAGUUCCUGGCCCGAUAUGUGUCCCUCCCAAACCAGAACAAGAUCUGGACGGUGACUGUGAGCCCUGAGCAAAAGGACCGCACCCCGCUAGUGAUGGUGCAUGGCUUUGGGGGUGGUGUGGGGCUCUGGAUCCUCAACAUGGAUUCACUGAGCUCCCGCCGCACGCUGCACACCUUCGAUCUGCUUGGCUUCGGGCGAAGCUCAAGGCCAACCUUCCCAAGGGACCCCGAGGGUGCCGAGGAUGAGUUUGUGACCUCAAUAGAGACGUGGCGGGAGACUAUGGGCAUCCCCAGCAUGAUCCUGCUGGGGCACAGUUUGGGAGGAUUCCUGGCCACUUCUUACUCUAUCAAGUACCCUGAAAGAGUUAAACACCUUAUCCUCGUGGACCCUUGGGGCUUUCCCCUCCGACCAACAGACCCCAGUGAGAUCCGCACACCUCCAACCUGGGUCAAGGCUGUGGCCUCUAUUCUGGGGCGCUCCAAUCCACUGGCUGUUCUUCGAGUAGCUGGGCCCUGGGGGCCUGGCCUGGUGCAGCGAUUCCGGCCAGACUUCAAGCGCAAGUUUGCAGACUUCUUUGAAGAUGACACCAUAUCUGAGUAUAUCUACCACUGCAAUGCACAAAAUCCCAGUGGUGAAACGGCAUUCAAAGCCAUGAUGGAGUCCUUCGGCUGGGCCCGGCGCCCCAUGUUGGAGCGGAUUCACUUAAUCCGAAAGGACGUUCCCAUCACUAUGAUCUACGGGGCCAACACCUGGAUAGACACCAGCACGGGGAAAAAGGUGAAGAUGCAGCGGCCGGAUUCCUAUGUCCGAGACUUGGAGAUCGAGGGUGCGUCGCACCACGUCUAUGCCGACCAGCCACACAUCUUCAACGCUGUGGUGGAAGAGAUCUGUGACUCGGUUGACUGAGCUGCUCUCGCCAGAGGAGGAGGAGAAAGUCAGAGAGUCACUCUCGUCUCCCUGUCUGCUUAGUCACCCCUCUCUGUCCUUUCCUCACCGACUAACAUGUGCCAGCCAGGCAGAGUCUUGGGCUGUCCCAAGAUAGGACCACAGUCAACAAGAGCACUCCUGAUCCCAUGCUGAGGGCUGAGACAGAAGCCACCAGAGGCCUUGCGCUCCCCACCAUGGGGAAGAACAUAAAGGGUUGCCAGUGCCACCGCAUUCUCUCCAUGCCAAGUGGUACCAGAUGGUGAUUGUGAAGGGACUGCAUUGAGCCACACUGUGUCCUUUCUCUGGAGUGUUUGUGGGGUAGGUUCCAUGCAAGAACAUCUUUCCCUCCGUCACUCCUCGGUCCCACCCCAGGGGCUAGGUGAGACCUGUUCCCACUUGAGCAGGUCCUGGAGCUCCAUUCACCUCCAGAGUCCUUUCCAUGACCUUAGAGGUCACAUCCAAAGCCCUCACUGGCAAGUGAGGAAACAGGCUGAGGCAGACAUGGGUGACACAGCUCUGUGUGAUCAAGGUCCAGGUCUGCUGACACCUAGUGCACACUGCACACUUGAUGUGCUAAGGUUCAGGCUCAGCACCAUUGCCUUGGGGCUGGCCCUGCUCACUGGCUGAGUUUAAGCCUACGCCUGCCCCAUAUCCUAGCCCUGUUAUGCAGGAACACUGUUGUCCUGCACUAUGUCUUGGUCCUGGCUACCUAAGCUGGGAUUACUCAAGUACUUCCUUCCUUGCCCCAUCUUCCUACCCGUGGGGGGGGAAGCCUCCCUCUGUGCCUUGGGCCCUAAAGCCCCACAUAUAGUAUAAGUUGAGUAAAUGCAGUUCCUGGUGGAGAGAGGGGGAAAAGCCCUUAAACCCCAGGGCCAUGUCUGGAUUCACCGUGCCCACUGGUAUCUGCAGUAUUUUUCUACCUGUAUCCAGAGCUGAGGCCCAUCAAGAGCCCCUGCUCCAGUGGGGAGACUCAAGCCAGCCGCAGCCUGUCUUCAUCAGCCACAGGAUGGUUCUCACUGCCUGAUCCCUGAUCCCUGUCAUCUCCUCCCCCUGCCAUGGUCUCCAGCUCAUCCCGCCCCUGAACUUCCUGUCUUCCCUUUCCCAGGAAUUCAUGCCAGGUGCUGCUCUGAGGUCUGGGCAGUAGGCUGGGCCUAGACCCGGAAGCAGGGCAGCUCCUGCCUGCUCCUUCACUUUUGCAAGGCCAACCCUUUUACCAGAGUAGUAUUAACUCCUGGUGCUUUGUACUACUGGUCCAGCUGCCUUGGGCUCCUUUUCUAUAUUAAUAAAGAAAUGAGUAAAAACUG